AUGAGCUUUCAGUUUAUACCAGUCACUGAACACCACAUAGAAAAGAAAUUUAAUCAAUUAAAACGAUCAAAAGCUGCUGGUAUUGAUAAUAUCCCUCCUGGGAUACUUAAGGACUGUUCGACUGUUGUGAAGGAUCCUCUGGCACAUAUAAUAAAUAUGAGCUUAUGUACUGGAGUAAUACCUUCCGAAUGGAAAGUGGCUAAAGUCAUCCCAGUUCACAAAAAAGGGCCCAUCAAUGAUUUUGACAAUUACCGUCCUAUAUCGAUAUUACCGGCUGUCACAAAAGUCAUGGAACGAAUAGUGCAUGAUCAACUGAUGAAUUAUUUAGAGAUCAAUCAUUUGAUAAACGAUUCUCAAUUUGGAUUUCGACCAAAACGAUCAACGCAAUUAGCUGUGACGCUAUUGUUGGAUAAAGUUCGAGCGAAUAUGGAUAAGGGACUACUAACAGGAAUGGUCUUCAUUGAUCUAUCCAAAGCCUUCGACACUGUGUCCCACUCUAAUCUGCUAAAUAAACUAACAAGAUUUGGUAUUAAAUCAUAUGAGCUGGAAUGGUUUACCAAUUACUUGUUUAAUCGAUCUCAAUGUGUUAGCUUCGAUGGUUCAUUAUCAGAGAAAUUCAAAGUUACAUCAGGAGUACCCCAAGGGUCUAUCUUGGGGCCUCUUUUAUUCAUAUUGUACAUUAAUGAUAUCGACGACCAUCUCAUUAGUGCACAAAUCAUAAA